UUGGUCACUACCGCACCCUGUGACGCCUGCGCAGUGAGCCCGCCCCCGCACUGUGGCGGAGGGUGGAGGCUCCCCGCGUGCUGCCCGGUUGGUGCAGCUCCGCGAGCCGCGGUGUCGUUCCAGCAAAGCGUGGGUCUGCCCUGACCUGCCGGACCUGAGGUCUGUGAGCAGCCACCAUGUCGAUCUUCACCCCCACCAACCAGAUCCGCCUCACCAAUGUGGCCGUGGUACGGAUGAAGCGCGCCGGAAAGCGCUUUGAGAUCGCCUGCUACAAAAACAAGGUCGUCGGCUGGCGGAGCGGCGUGGAAAAAGACCUCGAUGAAGUUCUCCAGACCCACUCGGUGUUUGUAAAUGUUUCUAAAGGUCAGGUUGCAAAGAAAGAAGAUCUCAUCAGUGCGUUUGGAACAGACGACCAAACUGAAAUCUGUAAGCAGAUUUUGACGAAAGGAGAGCUUCAGGUGUCAGAUAAAGAAAGGCACACACAGCUGGAGCAGAUGUUUAGGGACAUUGCAACCAUUGUGGCAGACAAAUGUGUCAACCCAGAGACAAAGAGACCAUACACUGUCAUCCUUAUUGAGAGAGCCAUGAAGGACAUCCACUAUUCGGUCAAACCCAACAAGAGCACCAAACAGCAGGCUUUGGAAGUAAUAAAGCAGUUAAAGGAGAAAAUGAAGAUAGAACGCGCCCACAUGAGGCUUCGGUUCAUCCUCCCUGUGAACGAAGGGAAAAAGCUGAAAGAAAAGCUCAAGCCACUGAUCAAGGUUAUAGAAAGUGAAGACUACAGUCAGCAGCUGGAAAUGUUACGGAAUCUGGUUUUGUUGUGGGGGAGAGAGGAGAUUGUUUUUGCUUUGUGGUGCUGGGAAAUGAACCCCAGGUCUCAGGAACGCCAGGCAAGAUGCUCUGCCCGAGGCCCGCGCAGCAGGAAAGGCGCAGGAACUGGUGUGGACUCUACGGUGCAGAACAGCAGGGGCCAGGCUGUUGCCUGUGCUCUCUGCGCUGAUAGCGCAGGCAGAGAGCUGGCACUGCCAGAGGACGCGAAGGCUGCGCUUUCUCUGCUGUUGUCGGGCCGCUUGCAGUUGGAUGUAGGUCCACAGCUGUGUUAAAUG